AUGUCACGCCAUGCACAAAGAUACCCAACAAAGUCUGCUGGAACUGGUCACCUCGAGUUCUUGGAACGGGUCAAAAACACCGGUCUCCCUCUCAAUGGAUCGCUUGCAUUUUUGAACAACUGGACCUAUUUCACCGACGAUCCAUCACGAGAUUUUGGACAAUUAACCCGAACGGGCCCGCACCCAGGCACUUUAGCAGCGGUCUCUUCAGGUGUUGAAUAUCUCGCUCGAUAUGGCCACCUUAUAUCGAGAGAACCCACUCGAGUGUGGGCAAGUGGCUCGCAGCGGGUGAUCGAUACAGCCCGACACUUUGCUUCUGGAUUUUUUGGCCCGGAUUGGGAGAGUUCCGGGAAAGCUGAACUACAGAUAAUUCCCGAGACCUUCGAACGUGGGGCAGACACCCUUACUCCGAGCAAAACAUGCCAAAAGUAUCUUGACGACAAGGAUCGACACGAUCAUGGAGCAAACAUGCUCGCGAGAUUCCAAAGUGUCUAUAUCCGGAAGAUCGCUAAUCGAUUGAUCGGGGAAGGAAAUUCCGGUCUCGGUGUUUUGACGAACUACGAGGUGUUUUCUAUGCAAGAAAUGUGUGGUUCUGAGACUAUGGUGCGAGGGUCAAGCCCGUGGUGCGACGUGUUUACGGAACAAGACUGGGAUAAUUUUGAAUAUGCCCGCGACCUGCGCCAGUUUUAUCGAGCGGGGCCGGGUAAUUCGUACGCCGGAGCAAUGGGAUGGCUCUGGCUGGAUGCGACGACAACAUUACUUAAUGACGGGCCUGAAGUUGGCACUUUAUUUUUGAGUUUUGCACACAGUGGUGAUAUUGCUCGCUUGCUCACGGCGUUGGGUGCUUUUGAUGGCGAACCUCAUCUUCCAACGACGCACGUUGUCCACGAUCGUACUUGGCGGACCUCGUCAGUCAUGCCUAUGGGCGCGCGAAUCACGUUCGAGCGAUUGACUUGCUCAUCAACCGAUACCAAAGCUUAUGUCCGAGUCAAUAUCAAUGAUCGAAUUGUACCACUGCCUUCUUGUCGGUCAGGCCCCGGUGGGUCAUGUCCACUGGACGAAUUUGUGGAUUAUGUGCGCCAGCGAAAAGAGGAAGUUGGGGAUUUUGGUGAGGUGUGUGAUCUGAAUGGGAAGACUGGAAGUAUUACGUUCUUACACCAUGAUUAA